ACUUGGUGCGAGUAAGCCCAACCAUGGUGCAGCCAGAUUCUUCUCAAAAGUGAGACCUUCCGAAGGACCAAUGACUCUGUUCCCCGUGUCCUUUCAUUUUCUCCUCCUACUCCAUCACUAUGUCUCGAUCCCGCCACGCCAAGCCUUCCAGAUUAGUCAGGAGGGAAGAUCUAAACAAAAAGAAAAACAGCCAACUGAAGAAGACCCUCAGGCCAGUCAACAGAAAUGUGGCAUCAGGCAAGACCAUGAGCCCCGGACAAUUAAAGCAAUUCAUUCAAGAAAGGGAGGUUAAGAAAAAAACGGAACCCAAACCACCACCCAUGCCAGUCAGAAGCCUGCUGACAAGAGCCAGCGCAGCACGAAUGAAGUUGGAGAGGACUGAGGCUCUUUUUCGGAAUCCGGAGUCCUUAACCUGCAAUGGGUUUACAAUGACUCUCCGAAGAACCUCCCUUAGCAGGCGACUCUCCCAACCCCCACUGGUCAUAGCCAAACCCAAGAAAGUCUCACCUCCUAAGAAUUUAGAAAAGCAACAUAAGUGUGAUCAUAAGGUAACGCCCUCGGAGAAUGAUUCUGUACCCACACAAGACCCCCUAAUCCCUCCUGAUAUAGAGAAUCUAAUGGACAUACAAAAUGCGUCUUUAGUUACAGAUGAGAGCCAAGGGACAGCCCAGUCUUGGUGCCAAAGGGUGGAGGAUUCCAAAAUAAAUUUUCCCACUCACAGUGGCCCUGCAGCAGGCAUCCUUUCUGGGGCGCUGGAAGGGACACAUGGUGGUGAAGGACUGUUCUCUAAAGAGACAUUGGAUGACAUCAGUGAUUCCCCAAGAAUGUUUGCUCAGGACACUCUGUGUGCUCCUUUGCCCCUUCAAGCAGACCUUAAUGUUACCUCGGAAGGAAACAGCAGCAUUCAGGUAGAAGAUUUGGGUUCACAAGUAGAAUCUCUUAAGCUAUCUGAUUCUUACCCGAAUCCCAUCCAAAGUGAACAUGAUUGCUGCCCCACCUCCAGCUUUAAUAAGGUUAUACCUGAAUUGGACCUUAGAAACUACUUGUCAAUUGAUGGGUCAGUGUAUUCUACCUCAUUUUUAAAACUCUUCUUGGCAGGUUCAGAACAAGGAGCCCUUGGUGCUGAACCAGAUCCUCUGGAGGCCCUCAAGGCUACUCCAGAUCAGCGGGCAGUUCCUGAUAACACCCCUGUCUUAGGACAGGCCUUUAGUGCAGUCCCACAUCAAUGGGAAAUUCCUGGUGCUAAUCUGGUUCAUGGAGGGGCUCUGGGUGAGACCCCAGACCCACCAGAGAUCGCUGGUGCUAUUUCAGUCCAAGGAGAUGUCUUUGGUGCCAUCCUCAAUCAGGAAAUCCUUGGUCCAUACCAGAUGGGAGCGAGUACUGCCUCAGACCCAUCUGUCUUCCUUCCUGCUCCUCUGAACCCAGUUGCUACCUAUAACGCUCUCCCAGAAUGGCCUGAUCCCCAGAGCACGGUUUCAUACGGGCUUGAGAUCCAAGGUACUAUGCAGAUUUUACCUUUGGGCUCAGGUCACACUCCUCAACCAUCCUCCAACUCGGAGGUAAAUUCCGAACCUCCAGUCAUGGCCAUACACAAUGUGGAAAAUGAGAAGCAAGUCCAUCUAUGCUUUCCACCAGCUGACACUCCGGGGUUUGCUUUAGCCCCUGAGGGAGGGCUCCACGGUGCUUCACAGACCCUUGCCCAAGACGCCCAGGCUGGUCCCAGCAAGUCGGAAGGAGGGAGCUCCCAGGUGGACACCACAGUGGUGUCUACGCCGGUGUCACUUGCCAGUACCUCCUCUUCUCCUUCCCACACAACUGUGCUGCCUACUUUGGAAAAGAAGAAACGGAAGCGAUGCGGGGUCUGUGAGCCCUGCCAGCAGAAGGCCAACUGUGGUGAAUGUACUUACUGCAAAAACAGAAAGAACAGCCACCAGAUCUGUAAGAAGAGGAAAUGUGAGGAACUGAAAAAAAAGCUGCCCGGCCUUGUGCCGAAGGUUAUAAAGGAAAACAAGAGGCCCAAGAGGGAAAAGAAGCCCAAAGUUUUAAAGGCAGAUUUUAAAAACAAAGCAGUAAAUGGCCCCAAGUCAGUAUCCAUGGACUACAAUGGAUGUGGUCAUGGGGAAGAAAAAAGAUUGGAAUUGAACCCACAUCCCCCUGAAAAUGUAACUGAAAAUGAAGAAAGUGUGACAGGUAUUGAAGUGGAGAAGUGGACACAGAGUAAGAAAUCACAUUUAACAGAUCAAGUCAAAGGAGAGGUUAAGGCAAUUGUGACAGAAGGUGAAAAACUGGGAAGCUCUGAAGAUGACACAAAAAAAGUCCUACCUGACCCUCAAAAUUUGUUUGCACAAACGGUAAAAAAUGGCAUUAAAAAUGUACACUACUUACCAACGGAAACAGAUGUGUCUUUUAAAAAAUUCAACAUUGAAGAAUUUGGCAAGGUGUCCGAAAACAAUUCCUGUAAACCCCUGAUAGACACUGCAAACCAGAACAAUGCCAUGAGCUCCAUUGCUGCUAAUGCAAGCAGCGAUCAUCUUAUGGGGAGAAGCAAUGUUUUAGUCUUCCAGAAGCCUGGCUCUGAGUCUUUUCCUGAUCCUGCAGACUUCAACUGCAUGAGUCCUACGAGUACACGUACUGAAAGUGAUCAACCAAAAUCUCUAGAAAAUAUACCAACUUCAGAACCAAUACACGGAUCUCCAGUUCAACAAAAUCUUCUAUCCCUAGUGACAGAUAGGACAUUGACGCAGGAGCAAGUGGAUGUUAUAGAAGCUUUGGCUCAGCUUUCAAAACCCCCUGCAGAAAAUUCCUCACCAUCAACGUCUGAGAAGGAUGAAGAAAACGAGCAGAUGUCAGCUAGUUUGUUUAAUAACUGUAGAGCUUCAAUCCCUUCUGUAACUAAAGGCCUCAAAGAACCGUGUUUGCAGAGGGAGCCUCCAAGCCUUCACCAUUGCCCAUCGGUAGAAAAGCAAAGUUCGUGCCACACCGUGGUGUUCAAUGGCCAGAGUCACAUUUCCAUGUCACAUAACAGUGCAGCUACUAACCAAGUAUCCCCGAAGCCACAGGAAUAUUCAAAAGCAAAAAAUUCCACAUCUCUUUUUACACCAAAUUCUAGUUCAUCUGAAAUCGACACCAAUAAAAAUGCUGUUCAUAAUAGCAGUAUUCUUGACAGUUGUUCAGAAAAUUUGCAUGAGUUGCCAUCAACAAGUGGUGAAUCGGGGUCCUGCAACCAGUUCCUGGACAGCAGCAAAAAGUUAGACUCAUCAUGUCACGAUACAGUUCAUAGUCAAAUAGAGGAAGAUGUUGCUAACCAGUUAACACAGCUUGCAUCAGUAAUUGAAUUCAGUUAUACCAAACCAGAGGAAACAAAUGUUGAAAGUACAUCAACAAACCUUGUGUAUAAUGUGCAAAAACACAGUCAGGAGAAGAACACAAUAAAACCGAAACCACGUUCCAGUUUAAAAAAUAACCAUGGCUCAUCAACAAAGCAAAAGAACAAAACCCGGAAAAAGACAAAAUCUGCUCCAUCCAGAGAACGGCGGAAAAAGAAGCCUGCAGUCACAAGUUGUCAAGAAAAUGAUCAGAAAAGGCAGGAAAAGUUGUCAUAUGAGUAUAAUAAGUUACAUGACAUUUGGAUCGCGUCUAAGUUUCAAAGAUUUGGUCAAAUUGGUCCACGUGAUUUUCCUAUUCGGUUGGGAAAAAUUCCUCCUGUAACCCACGUACGGACAACACUUACUCAAGCAAGUUUAGCAUUAAAACACAAGAAAUUAUUUCCUCCACUGGCUCAGAUAAAAUUUGAGCGAAAUUCUGGAUCAGCACAGGAAGAAAUGAUGAAUGUUGAUCCGCUGCAUUCUCACUCCAUAUUCCAUUUACAAACAGAAUCCAAUGGGCAGGCGUUUACAGAAGAAGUUUCUAAUUCUCAGGUACAGCCCAUCGUGCAUGUCAGUCAGGAAGCUCAUCCUGUACUCCAGUCCUCCUCUCCCACCAAUCAGUGUGCUAAUGUGAUGGCUGACCAUGACCACACACAGUUCCAGCAGGAUGUGGAAGACCAACUCAUGCGUCAGACGCUGCCAGCAUUGCCUAGUGUCUCUCAUGAGACCCCUUCAUCGGACCCAGGACAAGUGCUCAGGAAUGUAAAUGUAGAACGUUCAGGUGGAAUCACAGUGGUUUCUACCACAAAUGAAGACGUGUUUUUAUCUAGUGUUGGAGCAUCCGAAGUUUCCCCAAUAGAAAACGCACAUAAUUUUCAUAAUUAUGCCAUGAACUUUUUAACGAAUUCUACAAGAAACCUGGUGUCCACAACGAAAGAUUCUGAAUUGCCAAGCUGCAACUGCCUUGAUCGAGUUAUACAAAAAGAAAAAGGCCCAUAUUAUACGCACCUUGGGGCAGGACCAAAUGUUGCCGCUGUCAGGGAAAUCAUGGAGACUAGGUAUGGGCAAAAAGGAAGUGCAGUAAGAAUAGAAAAAGUAAUAUAUACCGGAAAAGAAGCGAAAAGCUCUCAUGGAUGUCCUGUCGCUAAGUGGGUUUUAAGAAGAAGCAGCGAAGAAGAGAAGGUUCUUUGCUUGGUUCGGCAGCGUACAGGCCACCACUGUCCUACAGCAGUGACAGUGGUGCUGAUCCUGGUAUGGGAUGGCAUUCCCCUUCCCAUGGCAGACCGAUUGUAUACGGAGCUUACCCAAAACCUGAGGACGUACAAUGGGCAUCCCACAGACCGAAGAUGCACGCUCAAUGAAAAUCGUACCUGUACAUGUCAAGGAAUUGAUCCUGAGACUUGUGGAGCUUCAUUCUCUUUUGGCUGUUCGUGGAGUAUGUACUUUAAUGGCUGCAAAUUUGGUAGAAGCCCAAGCCCUAGAAGAUUUAGAAUUGAUCCAAGUUCUCCCUUACAUACCUACUAUGAAAGAAUUACUAAAGGACGUAUUCCAGAAAGAAGAUAUGUGAGACCGGAAGCAAUCUGUCCGGGACACGAGGCCAUGGAAAAAAACCUUGAAGAUAAUUUACAGAGUUUGGCCACACAAUUAGCUCCAAUUUAUAGACAGUAUGCUCCGGUUGCUUACCAGAACCAGGUACAAUUUGAACAUAUUGCCCGAGAGUGUCGGCUUGGCAACAAAGAAGGCCGUCCUUUCUCUGGGGUCACUGCCUGCGUAGACUUCUGUACCCAUGCCCACAGGGACAUACACAACAUGAAUAACGGGAGCACGGUGGUUUGUACCUUAACACGAGAAGAUAACCGCUCAUUUGGUAUCGUUCCUCAAGAUGAGCAGCUGCAUGUUCUACCCCUUUAUAAAUUAUCAGACACAGAUGAGUUUGGCUCAAGGGAAGGAAUGGAAGCUAAGAUCAGAUCUGGGGCCAUUGAUGUCCUCACACCGUGUCGCAAAAAAAGAACAUGUUUUACUCAGCCAAUUCCUCGUUGUGGGAAGAAAAGAGCAGCGAUGAUGACAGAAGUCUUCACGCGUAAGAUAAAGGCUGUGGAGAAGAAACUCAUUCCUCGAAUCAAGCGGAAGAAUAACUCGACAAUGCACGACAGUAAGGCUUCAUCCCUGUCGCAUUUAGGUUCGGACCACAUUCAAAUGUACUCACUGAUCCCGUCCAUUCCUCACCCAGUGAAAGAGGCACAUUUAUCCCAAGACUUCUCGGCCGCCAACACUGCUUCGACCUCAACAUCUUUUAAGAACGAUGCCUUGGUUUCGUGCGUGUUUCCAGAAAGAAGUAGCGAUCCCGACUGCACGAUGCCUUCUGGGAGACAGAGUGAUGCUCAUGCUGCUGCUGGGGAAUGCGAUGGAAUCGCACAGCCUGGUGAAGUGAGUCCUCUUCCCACUUUGCCUACUCCCAUGGCCGAUUCCCUGGUUGGUUCUGAGCCUCCCGCGGGUCCAUCUGAGCAGAUCCCUUCUAAUGAGCCAAACCAGCAGCCCCCACUCAUCACCUCUGCUCCUGAACUUGCUUCCUCUCUGAUGGAAGAUGAGCAGCAUUCGGAAGCAGAUGAGCCUCCAUCAGAUGACCCCCUGUCAGAUGACCCCCUGUCACCCACUGAGGCGAAAUUGCCCCACAUUGAAGAGUAUUGGUCAGAUAGUGAGCACAUCUUUUUGGAUGCCAGUGUUGGUGGGGUGGCCAUAGCACCUGCUCAUGGCUCUGUGUUAAUUGAGUGUGCCCGGCGAGAGCUUCAUGCUACAACUCCCGUCCAACACCCGAACAGGAACCAUCCUACACGUCUCUCUCUUGUCUUCUACCAGCACAAAAACCUAAAUAGGCCCCACCACGGCUUUGAAAUAAACAAGAUUAAGUACGAGGCUAAAGAACCUAAGAAUAAGAAAAUUAAGGUCUCAGAGCAGAGCGAUCAGGCAGCUAAUGAGGGUCCUGAGCUGUCCCCUGAAGCUAAUGAAUUGAACCAAAUUCCUUCUCGCCAGGCAUUAACAUUAACCCAUGACAAUGUUGUCACCGUGGCCCCUUAUGCUCUCACACACGUUGCAGGGCCCUAUAACCAUUGGGUAUGAAGGCUGUUCUCCCCUUUUUAAUGCCUUUGCUAGUGCUGUGUAUUUUUCCAAGGUGCUGUUAAAGGAAAGUCAUAUUGUUGUUUACUAGAUAGAUCUUCAUCUCACCCAUGUGAAGGCUGAAGUAAAACAAGCAAAUGCAGUAGGGUGGGUAUUUCUUAACUGUGACUAUAUAUUUUGACAAUUGAUAGAAGGUGCACAUUUUAAGCAAAAAUAAAAAGUUUUAUAGUUUUAAAUACAUAAAGAAAUGUUUUGGUUAGGUGUUAACCUUGAGAGAAUCACUCAGUUUGGUGCUUUAAAUAAGUCUGUUUACUAUGAAAUGAGUAAUUUUUAGAGGCUUUUAACUGAUAAUGUGCUAUGAUGUAAAAUCAAGAUACACAGUGUUAACUCUACACAGCUCCUGGUGCUUAACCACAUCGACACAGUUCAUUAUAAGCUGAAUUAUUAUUUCAUGGUGCCAUUGUUUCAACAUCUUCCAAUCAUUGCUAGAAAAUAGGCAUAUUCCUUUGAAAUAAACCAAUGAAAAGUUUUCUCUCUUAAGGUGUCUCUCCUGUAUAAAAUAAUUCAUUAUUAUUGGUAAUGGUUGGACGCUGUUCAUAAAUUGUAAAUAUAUAUUUUAAAAGCACUUUCUAUUUUUAAAAUUAACUUGAAAUAGUAUAGUAUAAGAAUCCAAUUGUCUAUUGUUUGUGCAUAUUUGCCUACAAGAGAAAUCAUUCUUGCUGUGUAGAGUUCCAUCUUAUUAACUGCAAUAUGUAUUCAUACAUGUGUAUGGUUUGUGUUUUUUAAUGUGUUCUUUCUCAUUCAAAUAUUAGCUACUUAUAUAAAAUCAAUCAUGCAAAAAUUGUUAAUGAUCUCAAAUUGGAAUUUGAAAGAUUAUCACCAACAUUGAUUAAUAUUUUCUUGGGAACUAAGUAAGUGUGAACGCUUAUUGAGCAACAUUGACCCCAAUUUACUUUCACUGUAACUUUCUCAAUAUAAUCCAUCAAAAGGUGUUUCCGAAAGGAGAUUUGACAUAACAGGAUUCAGAAGAGUCAAAUGCUUCUAAAGUUUCAAGGUAAUAAAAUACAAAAAUAAAGUAGUGAGAACCCUAACCAUCCCAAAUUGCCUUAUUCUGAAAGUCAUUCCAGUAGAGACUAAAAUUUUAGUAGAAAUAUUUUGAAAACAAAUUCCUUAUUAUUGCACAUGCAAAACAAAUAGUAGGAAUGAUAUAAAUAAGUUAUUCCAAAGUAGUUUAAACACAUUAGUUUUGGGGAAAAUGAUAACUCUUCUGAGGUAAUUGCCUAUGAUCUAGGUAACAGGAAAAUAGGCAUUCUGUUUAGUUUUUAGUCCUCCUAUUAUUUCUUCUAUUACAUUUUCCGGUUCAUAGCAAAACAAAAGAGAUUGCCCAAAGCAAAUUUUAGAUCAAGAAGAAAUUUCAAUGAAAUACUUGAUUCUGUUAAAAUGCAGAGGUGCUAUAACAUUCAAAGUCUCAGAUUCCUCGGGAGUAUGGAAAACCUAACGGUGCUUCUCCCCUGGAAAUGCCACAGGAAGCCCAUAACCGCUAACACUCACAAUUCUGGUGCAAAAGCAAACAAUUCCAGUAAGCUCUCUAAAUAAAAUUAAUCAUAAAUUAUUAAAAUAAUAUAUGGUGCAAAGUAUCCGUUUCAAGCUUUUGACUAAUCAAAGUAAAGGAAUAUGAAGGGAUUGUAAAUAGCAAAAUGUCAUUGAUAGACUGUCUUGUACAAGUAGAUUUCUGCUUUUGAAUAGGUAAAAUAGGGUAAUUCAUCAACUUGUUUUAGUAUGUUGUGUGCCUUAGAUUUCUGUUGUAAAACAUGUAUAUUUUUGUGAGCCUCUGGUUUCUUAUACAUUUAAGUAUAUAAAUAAGUGAUUGUUUAUUGUUUCAGCUGCUUAAAUAAGAUAUUUACUAGUAGUAGACCAUCAGGAAUAUACCCUUGUAAUAUUUUAUUUUAGGCCUUUGCUCUCACUUCAAGUUAUUUUCUCACCAGAUUUAAUGGAUAAAACUUAAAGAUCCUUUAUCCAUCCACCCAUCUACCCAUUCAACACUUAUUGAAUGUCUGCAAAAUUUAAGUAAUAGCUUUUGUUUUCUUUGAGUCACUACCCAUGACAGUAAACUUGAAGAAUUAAAAUCCUAGAAGAUACUCUAACACACAUUUUUCCAAAAAAAAAAAAAAAGUAAGCACAUUUCCUUCAAAACAGACCAUUGUGAUAUCUGUACAGCAAUCCAGAUCAGUGGCACUAAGUGAAAGUAAGUUUCCUUAACAAUAGAAACUUGAGGCACGUGUGUUGAUUUAAGGGAGUAUUGAGAUUUUUGAAAUUAGUUGCAGUUUACCAAAACAAGUACAUGAAAAUAUCCAGUCUUAGCUAAAAAUGUCUCCAUUCAGUUAUAAUUAACACCUGCUGAACCCCAUGAUGGGAACCACACAUGAUUCCUGCGUUAUUGAACUCUUUCAUAAGUUUGCCAUCCCAUUGUAUGCCCUGUAAUUUUUUAAAAGCUCAUGCUUAAAUGUUCUGCAGCAUUGUAAUUGUAUACUGGCCACACUGCUGUUAGAAUGCUCUUUUUCAUGAAGCAAGGAAAUAAAUUUAUUUGAAAUGACAUUUUCACUCAGAAAACUGGUUAUCUAAUAUUUCUAUACUUCAAUUAUAUUUUACUGUAAUGGAUCACUUUUGUUUUACCCUUUUUUUUCUUUUUUUGGGGGGGGGGGGAGAAUCAAUCUUCUGCCUUUGGGUUUUCAAACUUCUGCCUUUGUUCAUGGUGUGAUAAUUGAAUUCAUUGAUGCAUGCCUCCCAAGUUAGCCCAACCUGUUCAUAAUAUGUUACAAACUUAACUAUGAUGGGAGAAUAACUCCUGUCUAGUGUAGAAUCCUACAAAAUAUGCUGUCCUUCAAAUCCUAUUUCUAAUGCCUCGUAGGCUAUCAUUGAAAACAUUUUUUUCUUGUUAGCUUCAUCUACAUCCUCUUUCCAAUUCAUCCACAAAGUACCAAAUAUAUCAUGAUGUAGACCUGUUUGAAAUAUAUCAGCGAUUUUCCACCAUUGAACUACAAGAAUUAAAUUAUACCUUUUUGUGGUGUGUUUUGUUUUUGUUUUUGUCAGAUUGGCGAAAGAUAAUAUAUUUUUUGAUGUGCUGCAGAAUUUUAGUAAUUAGUUUAUUUGUGCCAUAAGAUAAAAAAGGUUGGAAAUCGCUGAAAUAUGUUGUUAUUAUUAUUAUUAUUAUUAUUAUUAUUGAAAGUGGAGCCUAACAGAAUGUAUAGCUGUAGGUUAAUUUUUGCAACAUAUUAGCAAAGUGUUUGCAUCUUAAAUAACCUUCCAACAUCUUUAUGAAAUCUGCAUGUGGAUGAAAUAAUUUCAUUUGUUAAAUAUGGAAUUUUACUAUAUUAGAACCAUAAGCAAUUUGCUUAAGACAUAACCCCAAUGCAUACUUAAUUGAAUGCAUACACUUGUAAAUGAGAUAUUGACUUAAUUCAUAUCAAGUAUCCUACUUUCUAAUGUUAUUACUUCAUAGAUUCCUGCCCAUUAUCAUUUAUUUCACAAUAGCAUGUAUGGAAAAUAGCCUCAAACUAUUUAAGUUUAGUCUUUUUAAUACAUAUUGAAAUCUUUUAUCUGGGACAAUGUUUUGACAUUGCAUGACAACUUCCACCGAUAGCAGGCACAGCAUUUCUUUUGAAUAUGACAAAGUAGCUGUAUGUGACCUUUAAUAUAUAGCUACUUUCUAUUUCACAACUUUUUUGAUGCAUGGGAAUCUUUUUGUCUAGUUUUAGUACAAUGGUGAGUUUUUAUACUUUGUAAGAAUUAAUGGCAAGAAUUGUGACAUAAGCUAAUAUAAUAGUGGCACCUCACAGCCCUGGAAGACACCUUAGAAGUGAUAGAAUUCAAUCACUGGAGCCCAGAGAGCAGAUUUUAAUGUCAGUGUGAAAUUAUUUUUGUAAUUAUAAUUUAAUGAAUCAAAUGAAGGUUAGGAUGAUUGUAUGAAAAUAAACAUGAUUUGAUCGCCCAUACGGUAUUUUAUCAAUGGGAAUUAACCUUAUUUUUGUACAAGUUAAAAAUAAAAUGGCUUUGGGUUGGUUUUUUUCUGAGAGGUUCAGGGAUAGAAGUGAUAUUGGGUCAAGAUUUCUCUGCCUUCAGAGUCUCUUGGACCUUGAUGGGAAAUUUAGCUGACUUUUACCUAUUAAGCUAUCCUGUUAACACAUCUUAUAAAGUGUGGCAAUAGUCUUGUCUGCUAUUUCAAUAAAUAUCAAGUACUUAACACAGUACAGGCUUUUAUUCCCCCUGGAACAAGUGUUAGGCAUUUAUAAGAAGUUAAAAGAUUGAAUGGUUUAAAUAAUUGGGGGAAGUAUAUAUUUCUAUUGUAUAUACUAUUUAACCAUAGUUGUACAUACACUCUAAGUAUAUGUCUUGCCUAGUUGGCCCCACAAUUAAGUCCCAGCAUAGGUUAUUUUAAUGUGGCUGUCUGCAUAUUAGAAUACUGUCUUAUUGUCCACAGCUACUAAACUUGCCCAUAAGUGUAUUGUACUUGUAACUUCAACGUCCAUAGUAUGGCACCCUUAACCAAGUGAUAAAAAUCAGUGCUCUGAUUCCUAAGAGUCUGGAUUUAUCUAAAUCAAAUUAUGCUCCAUGUUGAGCUUUCGUCUAAUAGGUUUAGGAAAUGAUGCCAUCCAUUGCUCUGGCAUGCAAUUCAGAAAGAAUCAGUAUGAACUUUAUCAGAAGCUGAAUAUCUGUGUUUUCUUAUCAUGUAAUGAGAUUAACUGACAUCUUUUGCUUUUCUCUUGUGUAUAAAAUAGGGACUAAUUUCCUCUGUUAAUUUGGGACAUGGUGAAAAUGGCUUGUAUCCAGGACCUCACCCUUUUUGUCCACAUUGAACUCUACAAACUUUAAUUCUCGGCAUUCUAGUAUCUGAAUGAGGUUUUCUUAGUCCCUGCUUCUUAUGUGUACCCAAUCAAAUACCAUUGUUUGUUUCAAAAGGCAUGUGUCUUAUUCCUUCAGGUAAUCCAAAGGUGUUACUUACUUUCCCCUAAUUUUCACUGCCUUGAGGGUCCCGCAAUAUGUUUCUCUUGUGGUAGUCUGCAGGUUUAGUAUUUCUAGCUUUAAACGUCCAACACAUUUUUCCUUAGUUGGCUUUCCUCCCUUCCCAUCCUUACUGUGAUAUCUGUGAUCCUGCCUGGGUCACAAGUUUCCCUCCAGUUUGUUCAGCCAUUUGUCCCCUCAAGUAAAGCAAAGCAAAACUUAGUCUAAGGUAGGAACGUGAUCAGAUGUUAAACAUAUUAGCUGAUUCUAACCCAUCCCUGUUUCAGUGCAACUUUGGAAACUCUGGUUGUUCUAAAAAGAUAAAUUUCUGCCCCUAUCUGCUGUUAUGAAAGGCAUUCUUUUUUUUUCCCCCCAACAGCUGUCUGAAACAUUUGCAUUUUGAGAGAUAACGCUAUUAGAAAGUAAUUUGGUUUCUUCUCCAGUCGGCUGGAUAUAAACUUACAAUCUGACCAUAAACUCUGCCUGUUAUUUUAUUCUCUCACUUAACAAUAUAACAGUGUCAAUAAGUGCACUUUAAUUCUUUUUACACUUUUUAUUCUUCCCUCUGAUUUUCCCCUUUCUCUGUCCUGCAUUCCCCAAGUUCCCUACACAAAUACGCGUGGUUCAUUUAAGAAUAGCAGUGAUCUUGCUCACUUGUCUUCCUGUCUUUUAAAAUCAUGUUUCUGGAAUUCUUUAUGUAAUUGUACGAAAAGGAAUCAAGAGCUUUUACUCGUUCUUUUAAGGGAAAAUUCAGUUUUUAGGAUUAGAUAUGAUCACAAGACCACAGAUUAGCAUUGAGUGGUCUCUACCCCACCAAUGUUUGACUCCAGACUCAUUUAUUAGUGUUUGAUAAAAAGUUGUGCAAGCCCUGCUUGGUUUGGCUCAGUGGAUAGAGUGUCGGCCUGCGGAAUGAAGGGUUUGAUUCUGGUCAAGCGCACACGCCCAGGUUGCAGCCUUGAUCCCCAGUAGGUGGUGUGCAGGAGGCAGCCAAUGAUUCUCUCAUCAUUGAUGUUUCUAUCUCUCCCUUCCUCUCUGAAAUCAAUAAAAAUACAUUUUUAAAAGAGUUGUGCAAGAAGUUAUAUAUUCUACCACUACUUCUAUAUGGCUUUCCUGUUUUUGUAUAAUGCAUCAUACUAAUGGUCUGACUGGUGACUUUCUUAGUAACAGAUCUGAUCUAUAGAAGACAAUAUUUUUUUUUUUUGCAUGUUUUCCUCCUAUACCUCAGCCCAAUUUACUUCUUUGGAAUUUGGUUGCUGGCAACAAUAGAACCUAUUCUAUAAUCUGGGUGAGAAAAGUUAAAAAGAGAACUGAAAGUAAUUACUUUAUUUAAAAAAUUUUUUACUCCUUGAAUUUGUUCAGGUAACAUUGGUUAAUAAUUGAAGAGCUCUUAAACAUGGGGAAAGUCAGUCAUCAGAAGCUCUUUCAAGUUCCAUGGAAGAAGUUAAGGGGCAGAAAUGAGGGAGAAUUGUGUUCCUAUCAGCAACAGGCAAAUUUACUCUCGGUGCUCAACACCAAGAAAUGCUUUUAAUGUUUCUUCUCCCCACUCCAUACCAGUUUUCUCUGAAAAAAUAAAUCGCUCAAAAUGAGGAACCAGCCCUAGCCGGUUAUCUCAGUGGGUAGAGCAUCGGCCUGUGUACUGAAGGGUUCUGGGUUGAUUCCUUGUCAGGGCAUCUGCCUGGGUUGCAGGCUCAGUUCCCAGUGGGUGGGGGGUCUUGCAGAACGCAGACAGUCAAUGAUUCUCAGCAUUGAUGUUUCUCUCUCUCCCUCCCUGAAAUCGAUGAAAAUAUAUAACGGAAAAUGAGGAACCAUUUUGAAAUCAAACAUGAUAGUAAGAAAAAUUGUAAUUAAUAUUGUGCUUUAUAUAUAAUGUUGUAGGAUAUCAAACUGCUUUAUUAUGUACUACUUUCUCUCCAGCACUGGGGAUUGGACAGAUAAUGUUUCCAACUUACUAAAAGAAAACCUCGGAAAACUAGAAAUUUCAACAUCAUUCACAGAGGGUUGUGAUUUUUUAUUUUAUUUUAUUUAUUUUAAAAAAUAUAUUUUUAUUGAUUUCAGAGAUGAAGGAAGAGGAGAGAGAUAGAAACAUCAAUGAUGAGAGAGAAUCAUUGAUCGGCUGCCUCCUGCAUGCCCCCUACUGGGGCUUGAGCCCACAACCCGGUCACGUGUCCCUGAUCGGAACCGAACCCGGGACCCUUCAGUUCACAGGCUAACACUCUAUCCACUGAGCCAAACCAGCCAGGGCCGUGUGAUUAUCCUUUUUAGUUAUUAUUAAUUGGCCUAAAGAGGUGAGCUAAUAUUUUUGGGAACUUUAUCUUCGUCUCCACUUUGUCUUUAACUACCUGAAAAUGCUUUUUUCAAAGCAGUGUUAGAUGUCCAUGGAGAAUUUAAACAGGAGCCAUCAUUUUCUUCUAAUUUCUUCAGUUUGGCCUGUCUUCUGUGGUAAUACAGCAUCAACUGUUUCUGCUCCUCGUUGUUAAUAUUAGGUCCUUGGGCUGGAGCUCCUUAUUCCCUUCGCUGAAUCUUGACUGCAAUUUUGUGUGUGUGUGUGUGUGUUGUGUGCGUUUUCAUUUCUGCCCAUGUAGUCUGAAAUCUUAUUCUUCUUGACUCCUUGACAGCCCUCUACAGUUGUGCUUCUGACUCCUCAAUGACCUUGCAUCCUUCCUCAGUUCCCAACAUCUUCCUUAGUUUCAAAUCCCAUCCAGAUGGGAUAGUGGGGCGCAGACUCAUGGGACAAACAAGCAUCACUGCCCCCUCUCAGCUGCCCAACAGUCUUUCACCAUCCCCAUGGUAGCACAGAUGCUGUCUUCCUUUUGUUAAUUAGAUAUUAUUGUUUUGGCUUCUUGUAGUCUUAUUUAAAACUUGGCUUCAUUUUUUUUUUUUUUUUUUUUUGGAGCAUGCCGUUUCUUCAUCCAAUAACGUUUAGUGCACCUCCCCUAGGUAUACACUUUUUAUCCCAUUCAUCCCUUAAUUUCAAUUCUUCAGUCUGGGGAUCAGUCAGUCCUUGCAUAUUAGGAGGAAGAAAUACUCCAUGUUUUGCUCAGUCUUCCGUUUGUGAACAGAUGUGCCGCACCUGGAUGCACACAUUGUAGACCAGGGUCACCUGCACAGAGCCCCUCCAGCUCCUUGCUCCUUUCACGCAGCAGAACCAUGGUGGCCCGUGGGAGUCUGAGGGGACAUCUCCAUUAUUUAUUUAGCCAGCUAUUUUCUUGUGCAUACUUAAGGCCUCCCCAAAUUCCCAAGACUUAUGCAUUAGGCCUUAGAAUAAGUUUUGUUGUUCCCUGUAAAAACACUCUCAUAAAGAAAGACCUUGUACUACAACAUAGAGGGAAACCUAAGUAAUAAUUGUUUUAAAAACAUUUUUUAAAAGGCUAAAGUCAACAACUCACAAAGUUGAAUGUGUUCGUUAUAUUGAAGUGCAGGUCUCUUUUUCCCCCCAUUUUUUUAAAAAAUGUUUUUAUUUGUUUCAGAAAGAGGAAGUGAGCGGGAGAGAGUAAUAGGAACAAUCAUGAGAGAUAAUCAGUGAUGGGCUGCCUCCUUCACGUCCCCCACUGGGAAUCUAGCCUGCACCCGGUCCUGUGCCCUGACCUGGAAUAGAAGUGUGACCUCUUGGUUCAUGGGUCUACGCUCAACCUCUGCGCACACUGGCCGGGCCAAAUGCAUUUUUCUUGAAGGAAUUUGCUAGACUCUUCUAGUUCUUAGGCCUCAUGGUAAAAUUGUAAGUUUGGCCCUAGCUGGUUUGGCUCAGUGGGUAGAGCGUCGGCCUACAGACUGAAGGGUCC